GAGACUCCUGCUUGCUGGAGAGAGACCCCUGCUUGCUGGAGAGAGACCCCUGCUUGCUGGAGAGAGACUCCUGCAUGGAGUAACUAAUGGGUCUCAGUCACUCCAUGGACCGAUCGUCACUGCAGAAUACCAUGUAAGAAGAAACAUAUGAAAAAGUAAAGUCUUAACUGCAAGACAGAAAAUACCACUACCAUGGCUUUAAAGUACAGUGAUGGAUUUUAUAACUCGGCAUACCAUGAUUCGGAGACUCUUGAGAUUGAUAGAGGGCUUCAGAGCAGACCUGCAUCCAGGCCCUCCACCAGACUACCUAUCAGACAGGACUCAUCUUUCCGACAAAACCCUUAUGUAGAAGAUGAUAAUGAUGAUCGUAAAAAUCGUUUUUCGAAAGAAAGAAACAAGAGGCGGAACCAAGAGUUUCUUCCAAUGAACGAUCUUCACACAGAUGUUGAUAACAAUAUGCGAUUACCUGGAUAUACUUCAACAGGGGAAGAUACAUAUGCCCUAGGGCACUAUAAUCCUUCAUUUCGGACUGAUUAUGGGCCUUCCUAUAUUGAGAUUGACAGAGAUCCCGAUGAUGCAGUCGAUGGAGGGCUAAGAAACCGUUUGAGGCGGCAAACCAUAUUUUCACCACAGUUUAUGCGGCCAUCCAACAUUGCCGAGCUUGACCCUGCACUGAAAAGACAGAUUGAGAAUGACAAAAACCGAGAAAGGGAAAAGCUAAUUGCAGAACUAGUGGAACUGUCUAACAGUGAAAUAGCAAACAAAACUCGGACAUUUCCAACUUGUCUGAAUGAAAAACGAGACCUAAGGAACCAAGUCAUGAAAAGAAAACAGAACUCUUCGAAAGAUGCUUCUGAAAUUAAGUGCUGUACUGGAUGUCUUCGUAGUAUUACGUUGUCCUUUCAGAGGUUCAAGCAAGCCGUCUUAGAUGUUUUUGAAAUAUUAGAACUUUGGCAAAGUACCUUGAAAAUCAUAGAAGGAACAUUUGGGUCAAGUAUUCUGUCAUACUUUGUUUUCCUCAAAUGGCUCCUGCUCUUCAACAUCUUCUCAUUUGUGGUGAACUUCAGUUUUAUAACUUUGCCACAGUUUGUUGACAUGCCAUCCAACAACCUAUCAUUUUCUGGUCUGGAACUUCUUACAGGAGCUGGCUAUUUUGAUAAAACUGUUCUGUAUUAUGGAUUUUACACAAAUUACACCAUCAGAAAAGAUCCACAUCUUGCACCUUACAAUAUGCAGCUUGCCUAUUUUUUCACUAUUGUAUUGUAUUUGGCUAUCUGCUUCCUUAUCCUGCUUUUCAGCAUGGCAAAGUCAUUCAGGAAGAAUUUUAUUAACCCUACGUCCUACAUGGGAAACACUGCAAAAGUGCUGUGCAGCUGGGAUUUCAGCAUAAAUAAUGAGAAAGCUAUAAGAUUAAAGAAAAUACAUCUCAGUACACAAAUAAAGGAAAUCCUGUCAGAAAAGUUGCUGCAGAAAUUAAAGCUUUCAGUUAGUGAGAGGCUGGCUCGGCUUGCCAUUCACCUGGUUGCUUGGAUCGCAGCAAUAUGGCUGGCAGUUGGCUGUUGUGCUGGAGUAUACUUCCUAUGUGUUCAUGCUGAAUUAUCUGUACAGGAAUCCAAUUUGGAUGAUCUAACAAAGCAAGCAGCAACAUUGUUAGUUCCAGUGGUAGUCUCCAUUAUUAAUCUCAUCAUGCCUCUAGUCUUUGCCAUGUUUGGCCUUGUAGAGAAAUUCAAGUAUCCCCACCAUGAGAUCUAUGUGGAGAUUUUGAGAAAUAUUCUUCUGAAAAUCUCAAUUAUUGGAAUUUUGUGCUACUACUGGUUGCAGAAAGUUGCAGAAAGCAACCUUAAGUGCUGGGAAUCAUAUGUAGGACAAGAUAUUUAUCGGUUGGUGGUGAUCGAUUUCCUAUUUGCAUUGUUUGAGUCUUUUUUUGGAGAAUUUUUAAGAAGGAUUAUUGGGACGUAUUGCUGUAAAAAAUUAGGAAAGCCGGAGUUUGAUAUAGCAAGAAACGUGCUGGAUUUAAUCUAUGCACAGACAUUGGCAUGGAUUGGUAUUUUCUUCUCCCCUUUGCUACCACUAAUACAGAUUAUCAAACUUUUCAUUAUAUUUUAUGUAAAAAAGGUGAGCCUUAUGAUGAACUGUACUCCUCCUCGAAGGGCCUGGAGAGCCUCCCAGAUGACCACUGCCUUCAUAUUUCUCCUUUUUUUCCCAUCUUUUACUGGAGUCCUCUGUGUCAUUGGUGUCACCAUGUGGAGACGGAUUCCUUCAGAGAAAUGUGGCCCCUUCCGGGGGCUGUCAACUCCUUAUGAAUCUAUUGAUAUCUGGAUAGAUCAGAUAAACUAUUUUGAUAAUGCCAAAUGGGUAGUGUGGAUUUAUCACAACCUAAUUCAAAGUGUUCUCUUCUUCUACAUCCUCACCCUGUUUGCUCUAAUUAUUUCCUAUCUUAACUGGCACAUUGUACAAGGCAGGAAGGUCCUGGUGAAACGUCUCUUCGAACAGAUAGCCAAUGUAAGUAGGUCUUAAUAGUUGUAUUUAUUU